GUUCCUGCAAGGCGUGUUCUCCAGUUGCCUUGGGGGAUCGAACGUCCGUGCGCUUCGGACAAGUCUCGACAGGUCUCAAACAGCAUUCGGCUCGCAGUGACCAUGUUGGCGUGCACCUAUAACUGCUCCAGGGAGGCAACCGGUUUCUGUGUCGACUGCUGCAGAGACGUCUGCGACCAGUGCAUGGCAAGAUGGCACACUGGCAUCCGUAAAGACCAUCGGAGCAUUGUCUUCCAUCGCUGCCAACUCUGCAAUAUCUUAUCAGGCCCCGCCAAGAUCGCUGGCUAUUACUGUCACUCCUGUCCGGCUGCCAAAGGCUGCUUUGGCGUCUAUCUUUGUUCUCGAUGCUGCCAAGAAGAGCACGCAGGAGUGAAUCUACUUCAUGGUGGCACCGAGAAUCGGAUACAUAAUGUUCUUCAUGUGCGCUUGAACGGAAACAACACCGUCCCUACAACUCCACCGAUCACCGCCUCCUCUGUCCCUAUAUCUGCAAUCUCCGCCUCCGGUCAUCAUGAGCGUAUACCCGCCUCCUCUGUACCUGUGCCUGCAACCACCGCCUCCGGUCAACAGCCCCGUAUACCCGUUAAUCAGGCCGUUGAGCGAGCAGCCCCGGAUUUCGCCACAUUCCGAAAUCGGAUGGAAAAGCACUUUCCGCCGAAAAGAGCAAUGAGUGCAGAAGUCCUUGCAAUCCCUUCAACCUUCCCCGCCGUCAGGCAAUCGGCUCAAGUUCCUGCAACGGCAACAACAGGCGUUCGACAUGCAGCGGCCCCAGCACCUGUUCAUGAAUCUAUAGCAGAAGCUAUCGUUCCCUUUCAUGGACCGACUUCCGCGACUGCUGAUGUCACCCAAGCGGCCCGCAUAUCUGAAGCUUUCCUCGCGAGACCAGCCAGCGCAGGGCUCCCCAUUCAUAUGCGCCAAGUCCUCUCCAAUCAUGUAGCUAUCCUUGCGAGGCAAGCUGGCCUUAGUUACACGCCGACUCCCGCGACAACGCCCGUCAGCCAAGCUGCCUCCAUUCAUGUGCCUCCGAUAGGGGCGGACACGAAAGCUCCCGUCACUCAUAUACCUACCUCUACAACAACGCCGGUCAGCCCACCCGCACUCACUCCUUUACCCACCGCAGCAACAACGCCUGUCAGCCAACCGGUGCCCACGCAUAUAUCUCCUCCAGCAACAACGCCCUCCAGCCAACCGGCGCCCACUCCUGUAUGUAGUUCGGCAACGGCGCCCGUCGGCACAGCUGGGCCGACUCCGACGCCUACGACCGUCGGUGGCCAAGCUGCCGCCGCUCAUAUACCUGCUUCUGCAACAACGCCAGUCAGCCAAGCUGCACCCAUACCUGUACCGCCAGUUGCGAAACCAGUCACCCAAGCCGCAUCCAUUCCUGUUUCUUUUGCGAAACCAGUCGGCCGAGCGGCCCCCAUAUCUGUGCCGUUCGUUGCGAAACGAGUCAGCCAAGCGGCGCCCACUCCUUUGCCUACUCCCCCGAUGACGACCGUCGAAAACAAAGCU